AAUUUAGGGUUCGGCAUAAUUUUGGCAAUGUGGUUAAGAUUUUUUGAUUGAAAUCAAAAUUUAACAAGAUAAAUUGUAGAAAUUAGUGUUUUUUAAAUUAUUUUUUUAUUUAUUUUUUGUACUUUGAGGCUGUGGUAACUAGUGACGACCGACCGCUGUGGACGCUUCUGGAACGACGCGGUCCAACCGUCUCUGUAGCCUGUUAGCCGACAAGAAGGACAAACAUUGAAGCUCUCGUCGAACAUGUUCGUGUAGCUACACAAAUAACACCCCGAGUGAUUUAAACACAGUUCUGUUAACGUAUCUACUAGUUCAUUUAAACGUAAUUGGCUUGUUAUUACAUUUGCAAAUGUGUUACCGAGCCCAGUAUUAGGCUAGUCGCUAAUGCUAAGUAGCUAGCUAGCUAACAUCCCUGACAAUGAGCUCACUAAGCUACUCUCCUCCUGCUAAUGAAGAGGAGAUCUGCUGGACGGAGAAAGCAGCUAUGGGGAUGAACAUUGUCGUUAAAGAGGAAGAAGAGGAGGAUAUUACAGUGAAAGGAACGGAAGAAGCUUGUCGAAUUAAAACGGAGGAAGAGGAGGAAGGGAUAGAGGCUGUCACGGUGAAAGAGGAAGAGGGGAUAGAGGUUGUCACGGUGGAAGAAGAGGUAGAAGCUUUCAGAAUGAAAGAUGAGGUAGAGGAGGAUAUCACAUUAAAAGAAGAACAUUUUGUAGUGAAAGAGGAGGAGACUGAAGAUCCGAUUAACACCAAUCUAAAAACGAGGCAAUAUGCAGUUUCCUGGCCCUCCCAGGGCUCUACAGUGAAGGAGGACAUCAGAAAGACACAGGGAGAAUCUAAUGUGACACCCGUGAGUCCCAGACAGUUUGGUGGUGAUGACGAUGCUAUUCACUGCGACGUGAAAGACAAGGAUUGGUUUCCUAGCAACAGGCUGAAGGCGGAGUCGGCUCCAGAGAGCCACACCCCAGAGCAGAGGGGGAGUGUUCAGGAGGUCCAGAGAAUUAGGAAUGAAGGAGGGUAUGUUUCUGAUCUGAGGUUCCUCCUCUUGGACUUUCUCCUCCACAACAUUUAUAGCAGGAGGUCCAGAGAACGAGAGGAAUCAAGAGUCCCCAGGUCGUGCCUCUCCCACUGUUGCCUUACUGUGGGGUCUGAAGAGGGUGUCUGUGCGGCUGGUCGACUGCAGGAAAACACCGGGUCUGCGUGGAACUGUGAGAGGAGAAGAAGAGGGAGAUUCAGAUUCAAGUGAAAGAACAGACUCAGAGGAGCCAGAGACGUCCAACCCAGCAGGACAACACCACUGCUCCCACUGUGGAAAGAGUUUUUCCCGGUUAGGGUCCCUGAAAAGGCACGAGAUGAUACAUACGGGAGAAAAGCCUUUCCACUGCUCCCAGUGUGGAAAGAGUUUUGCCAUGUUAUUUUGCCUGAAACGACAUGAGAUGAUACACACGGGAGAAAAGCCAUUCCACUGCUCCCAGUGCGGAAAGAGUUUUGCCCGGUUAUGGCAGCUGAAAAUGGAUGAGAGAAGGCACAGAGGAGAGAAGCCUUU